GAAGCGAGAAGGGUUAUUGGAGCAGAGGAGGAAGAGAAGAGAAGAGAUCGGAGAGAUGGUGAGGAAGGCGAAGGUGGAGUUCGAUGAGAGUCCGCCGGACGAUUUCGAUCCGUCGAAUCCGUAUGGUGAUCCGGUGGCGAUGCUGGAGCAGCGGGAGUACCUUGUUCGCGAGAAGUGGAUCCAGAUCGAGACCGCAAAGAUCAUACGUGAGCGCCUCCAAUGGUGCUACCGCAUUGAGGGCGUCAAUCACCAUCAGAAGUGCCGCCAUCUUGUCAAGCAAUACCUCGAUGCCACCCGCGGUGUCGGCUGGGGCAAGGACUCUCGCCCUCCCGAGCUUCAUGGACCGAAGAAGGAAGUGGAGUAAAUCCGUGCCUGAUUUCGAGGUCAUGGAGACUAUCCAGAAGCUGAAACCAUGGCUCUUUCAGUUCUUUUACCCGUGUUAGUCAAUUUGAUCGGGUUGUUUUUAAUCAUUUUACUGCAAAAUACCCUAUCUGUUGAGGUGAUUAUGUUGUCUUAAUAAUGGAUAUUAUUGAGAGUUUACAACCUGAUCAAACUUUCUAUUUUACCUUGUCUACUCGAAUCAGUGAUUUAACUGCGCCAGUGCCAGUGCCAGGAUUUGGUUUGCUUCAUUGUGCUUUUAAUUGUAGGAAAAUAAUUGAAAAUAAAUGCAAAUGGAAAUCAAGGGGAUCUUGUCAA